GAUACCGAUGGUUUUUCGAACUACACGUGCAAAUCAAACAGCACGUUAUAAAAUAAAUACAAGGAAUUAACUUAAUUUAAGCGUAGAAACUGCUCAGAAAUGAAGGCCAAGGUGGACAAAAGCAUAGCGAAUGGUGGAGCAGCCAAGGCAAAGGCCAAGGGGGAGCGCAAACGGGCGAAAUCCCUGAAAUCCGAGGAGGAGGUGGACGCGGGCAGACCGGCCAAGUUGGCCAAGCUGCCCAAGAAGGAGAAGCCAUCGGAGGAGCCCGCCGAGGAGAAGGAGAACACGCCGAGCAAUGGCCACCAGCUGAAGGUGUCCCAGAUCAACAAGGCCGUCUUCGGGGUCUUCAAGAAGAUCCAGGCCAGUCCGCUGACCCAGAAGAUGAUCAACUCGCUGGUGGUGCUGCUGCGCGAUGACACGGAUGCGGAGCAGCGCACUGCCACCAGUUGCUAUGUCCUGAAGCGCCUGAUUCGUUCCACGGGAGCAGAUGACCUCAAGGCGGUCAGCCUGGCCGCCAGCUAUAUCCACUGCAUCCUCAGCGCCGUGCCCGCCAUCGAUGCCCUGGAGGUUCUGGACACUUUGAAGCGGGAUCUGGCCGUGGGCAGUCAGCAGCGGGGCAAGGAGGACUCCCUGGCCGCCGUGGGCCAGUUGGUAACCGCCUUUUGCAUCCUGCAGACGCCGCAGUUCGCCAAGGGAGAGGCCAAACUGGUGGCAUCCGUCUACCAGAUCCUGGCCAGCCAGCUGAAGGGCCGCGAGUACCUGGUGUCCAUGUGUGCGGACAUCCUGGCGGACUCUUUCAAGCAGCUUCCUGCUGACAUCUUCGAGGAGCACGUGUGGCCGCUGCUGCAGCCGCAGCUAAACAAGCCACUGGCUGGUUUAAAGGUCAACACCUACGACCUUCUGCUGGCCGUUCACCUCACCUAUCCCUCUAUUCUGUCACGCGAGCAGCUGAUCGGCAGCUUGUGGCCCAAGAAGGCGGCGUUUGGGCAGCUCUUCGAGCUCUACUUCUCCGGCUCCACCAUCCACAGCGAUGGGGUGUACGCCAGACUGGCCAUUUUCCUGGCGCAGGGCGGCAAGGACUUGCUGGCCGCCUGGCAGCAGUUCACCGAUGCCAAGCAGCCGCUGAAAAUGAAUGCACAAAAGGCCUGCGUGAUCCAGGUACUAGGUCACGUACUACUCAACGUUCAGCCGAAGGAGGAGCAGCACAUCUUGCAGGUUUUCACGCCCACUUGUGUGCAGUUCCUGCUGCAGGAGCUGUCGGCGCUGAAGGGCGAUAAGAGUGAGGCCAGGAAGCCCUCGCAACAGGAGCUGCGCGAGAUCUGCCUUAAGUUCGAGGGAGCCCUGGUCCUGAGCUUCGAGAAGCAGUUGCAAAGCGAGGAGCUCAAGCUGCAGCUGCUGCUGAAGUUCCUGGAGCAGCGACUGCAGCUGGAGGCGGUGACCAGCCUGCCGCGUUUCGGCCAGCAGCUGAUCAACCAACUGAGCGCCGAGAGCCUCCAGAAACUGUACGAUUACUACAGCGAUUUGCUGGGUUCUCUGGCGGAUGAGGACCGCGUGAGCCGAGUGCACUGCCUCAACCAGAUGCAGAUAAUCCUGCAGCACGCAAAGCUGGACCAGGAGGCCAAGUGGCGUCAGAAGCAGUUGCGCCACCUGCUGCUUGCCGGCCUCUUCCACUUGGAUGCCGAUCGGAAGCCCUGUGAGGCCGCCAAGGCCAGCGCCUUCAGUCGCCAGUGUGCGGAGCGCUGCGAGGAGAUCUUCCUGGGCUCCCUGCUGCACAAGUGCUCCGGUCUGCCGGCUCUCUGCCAGCUGCUCCACAAGACCUUGAGUUACCUGACCAAGGAGCUUGGCAAGCCGGAGGCGGAGAGCAAGCUGCGUUCGCCCAGAGAUGAGGGCCUGCAGAAGGCCUGGAAACAGGUGGAGAAGCUGCUGGCGAAGCCCGCCGAGGAGUCGGACAUCGUGGGCCAAACCUUCGAGGCGCUCAUCCUGUUUGUUUCCCUGGCUUUGUGCACGAGAAUUCCCCUGUCUGUUAGCGUCUUGGAGGAUCUGAUUAUUUGCAGGAAGAACGCGCUGGAGAAGAGCAAGAAGAAAGCCAACGAGGAGCUCAAGUGGCAGGAUGUGCUCACAGAUGCCCUGCUGCAGCUGCUCCUGCAAACGGGGCACUUCUGGCGCGAGUUCGUCAACCUGGUGGGCACUGCCCUGGUUCCCCACCUCGAGCAGGCCAACCUGGAGCAGAUUCUCGAGGUGCUCAACAUGAACAGGAAUCCGCUGAGCAAGAAGGACGAGGGCGAAGAGGAGAGCGACGAGGAGAGCGAGGAGGAAGCCCCAGAAGAUUCCAGCGAGGAGGAGGAUGAUGAAGAGGAGGAGGAUGAGGAGGAAGAUGAGGACGAUGAGGAGUCCCACUUGGCCCAAAUCCGCGAGAGCGUUCGUCAGGCUCUGGUCAACGAUGGCGACGCCGACGAGGACGGCGCCAGCAGCGUGGACUGGAACGAUGUGGACGAGGAGCAGGGCGCCCGCCUGAAUGCUGCCUUGGAGCAAUCCUUCCAGCUGUUCCGACCCAAGUCGCGCAAGGCGCAGGAGAAGGAGCGACCCACCAAGUCGGAGCGCAUCGACAACACAAGUCUGCUGCACUUCCGCAUUCGCGCACUGGACUUACUCGAGCUUUUCGUGGCCAAGAAACCCACUCAAUCGGUGAUUCUGGACGUGCUGCAUUGCGUUUUCCAGGUGUACCGUCACUGCAGCGGCGACACCAAGCUGCAAUCCCUGCGCGAGGCGAGUUUGAAGCUGCUCAAGAAGCUGCUGGCCAAGAACAUUGAAUUCGCGGAGCAGCAGGACACUUCACCCAUUCUGGAGGCCAUCGAGCAGCUGAUGGCCAGCGGAGAGGAGCAGUCGGAGGAGGAUCAGGAGGGAGGCAAGCAGCAGAGCAGCAUUAACCGGCAGGCCAAGGGAGAGGUGGCCAUUUGGCGGGACAAGUGCUUCGCCUACCUGGUCAGCCAGGGAUCGGCAGCCGGGGAGCCCAAGCAGAGUGCCGUUUGGCCGCUGCUCGUCGAGUUCCUGCAGCUCUGGGUGACCCGUCGGCGCAGUCGCCUCUCGCUGGCCAGUUUCGAGGCCCUCUUCCAGUCGGGUCAAUGGCAGGGAGUGGCUCCUCUCUCCGUUGUCCUGGCCUCCCACUUGGAUGUGAAGAAGACGCGCAGCUUCCGGCGGGCGCAGAUCCUCAAGCUCCUCGGCGAGCAGUUCCGACGACUCGAGGCGGCUCUCAAGGAUAACAGUGCGUCUGGCAAGGAGUUCGAGAAGCAUUUAACCAGAUAUGUGCAGCAACUGGAGACGGAGGAGGCCAGCAGUCCCAAGGAGCUGAAGCUGCUGCAGAAGAUACUGGCCCAGGGUGGCCCCAAGCGGCAGAAGCUGCUGGAGAGGAUUCAGGUGGUGGUUAGGAAGCCUCAGGAAGCCAUGGAGGUGGAGGAAGAUGAGGAGGAGAAGUCAGCAGAGGAGGAACAACAGAAAACUAAAAAGAAGGCCAACAAAAAGCCGAAGAAAAAGGUCUGAAAAGCCAGCUUAACAUAAGAGUAACAUUAGGUUUUUUGUUCUUAGGAAAUAUCUAAAUGCUAAAUUAGUAUUGAAUAAUAAACUAUGCAAGUAACUAACUUUA